AUGUUUAAAAAGAAAAAAACUAAGAAAGUUCCUUGUGAGAUUCCUCGUGACUUGGAGGCACUUGGGUAUAAGCUUGAUGAGAAAAAUCAACUUGUAUCGAUAGAAGACGGCGAAAUUUACAAAUUUGAAGUAAAAGACAGGGCUUAUAAUGAGCGUUUGUAUGAUAUUGUAAUGGAACUUUUGGGCUCUUGGGUCGAAGAAAAGCUUCAAAAAGAACUUGGUUUUAUAAAAAUGGUACUACCAUUUGGCGCUACAGAAAAUGAUAUACAUACCAGGAUUUAUCUGACGCCAGAUUAUGAAACUAAUGACAAGAUGAUUAUAUUCAUCCCUGGAACUGCUCAUUCAGCUCUCAUAGACAUUUCUGUUAUAGAUGGCUCAAUGAUCAAUUAUGCAAAACGCGCUUUAGAAUUGGGCUUUUCUGUCGUAAUGUUAAAUCCUAAUGAGGUAUUUUGGUAUAAGGGGAAAGGUGUGCUUAUUCUGCCAAAGACUACUGCACCAUUCGACACGAUUCCAGGAAGUGAAUCCCCGGAGGCCCACACUAAUUAUGUAUUCGAGAAUAUCGUAAUACCGUCUAAGGCACAAAAGAUUUUCAUCGUCGCCCACAGCUACGGAGGUCAUUGUGCUAUAGAUGUUAUGCAAAACCAUU